AUGUCCAAAACCUUCUCACAAAACGAUGUCGCAUCGCAUAACAAGGGGGACAACUUGUGGAUCAUCGUUGAUGAAGAUGUCUACGAUUUGACCAAAUUUCAAGAAGAACAUCCUGGUGGCAAGAAGAUUUUGCAAAGAGUAGCUGGCAAGGAUGCUUCGAAGCAGUUUUGGAAAUACCACAACGACAGCAUUCUGAAAAAAUACAAGUCACAAUUGCAGGUUGGCUCACUUGACAGCAAGAAAGCCGCCGCUGCUCCGCCAACGCCACCGGCAACGCCUCCGCCGACAGAAAAGAAGGAGAAAGUGGUGCCAUCCGCAGAAUCGGGCACCGUCGCGCCAGUUCCGGGCCCAGCGGCCGUGGAAGAGGCCGAAGCCCUCGAUUCAUAUGGUUCCUUGAUUCCAUUUGCUGAUCCAUCUUGGUAUCAAGGUUAUCACUCUCCCUACUUCAACGAAACACAUGCCGCUCUCAGAGACGAAGUAAGGCAAUGGGUUGAGAGCGAGAUCGAACCGAAUGUGACUGAAUGGGAUGAAGCAAAGAAGGUACCAGAAACGAUAUACAAGCAGAUGGGCGAGAGAGGAUAUCUUGCUGGCUUGAUGGGUGUACAUUAUCCGACACACUUAACCUCUACAAGAGUCAAGAGCGUACCUCCGGAAAAGUGGGAUCUCUUCCACGAAAUGCUUUUGACAGAUGAGAUUUCACGAUGUGGAAGCGGCGGUCUCGUGUGGAAUCUCAUUGGCGGCUUUGGUAUCGGUGGCCCUCCAGUCAUCAAAUUUGGUAAGAAAGAGCUUGUGCGGCGGAUCCUCCCAGGCAUCCUGGCUGGUGACAAGCGCAUCUGCCUCGCUAUUACCGAGCCUGAUGCUGGAAGUGAUGUUGCCAACCUGACAUGCGAAGCUAAGCUCUCUGAAGAUGGCAAGCAUUAUAUUGUCAAUGGAGAAAAAAAGUGGAUUACCAACGGAAUUUGGUGUGACUACUUCACUACUGCUGUCCGCACCGGUGGACCAGGCAUGAAUGGUGUCAGCGUACUCCUUAUCGAGCGAACCGAAGGCGUGAGCACGAGGAGAAUGGAUUGCCAGGGCGUCUGGAGCAGUGGUACUACGUACAUCACGUUUGAAGAUGUGAAAGUGCCAGUAGAGAACUUGAUCGGCAAGGAAAACCAGGGAUUCAAAGUCGUCAUGACCAAUUUCAACCAUGAGCGCAUUGGUAUUAUCAUCCAAUGCUUGCGAUUCUCCCGUGUCUGCUUCGAAGAAUCAAUGAAGUAUGCGAACAAAAGAAAGACGUUUGGCAAAAAACUGAUUGAGCAUCCUGUCAUCCGCCUGAAGCUCGCCCACAUGGCUCGGCAAAUUGAGGCCUCCUACAAUUGGCUUGAGAACCUUGUCUACCAAUGCGAGAAGAUGAACGAGAUGGAGGCUAUGCUUAGGCUCGGUGGUGCAAUUGCCGGCCUCAAAGCGCAAGCUACAGUCACCUUCGAAUUCUGUGCUCGAGAAGCCAGUCAGAUCUUUGGCGGCCUCAGCUACAGCAGAGGAGGUCAAGGUGCUAAAGUGGAGAGACUCUACCGAGAUGUGAGGGCCUAUGCUAUUCCAGGUGGAAGCGAGGAGAUCAUGCUGGAUCUAAGCAUUCGACAGAGCAUGAGAGUUCACAAGGCACUGGAGCACGACGGCCUCAAGGAGGAUGGUACUGAGGACAAGCGCGUCGGUACCGGAGAGUUUGCCCAUGGCAAGGUUGAUCCCUCUGAGGCGGGCAAGAAGGGUGGUGAGACUGGUGGUAGUGCCGGUGGCCAGGCCAGUGGCGGUACCAGCGGAAGCGGUACCAGUGGAAGCGGUCAAUUCGCUGGCGGCAAAGUCGAUCCAGUCGAGGCAGGAAGAAAGGGUGGACAGUCAUCUUAG